CCAAUGACCAGUUCGACCUGUUCGAAUAAUUCGUUGAAGUUGAUUUGUCUUCACCCAAAUGAGUUCGUCAACUCUUUCAUAUCCCCAAAGUUUAAGACAUUCCCUUCCAAGCUCCAUGGCACGACCAGUCACCCACAAGAAUAUUAAACCAUCAUCUUGAAGUGCUGGAACGCCCAAUUCUCUCAUCUCAUCAUCUGACAUUGUUCCAUACGGAAGUUCCAUGUGAAUAUCCCAAGGAGGAUCAGCCAUAAUGACAGCAAACUUCCCUAAACAACUCAUAUUGAAUCCAUUGAGCUGGAUUUAAUGUCACUUCAAUGGAACG